CCUAGUUUUCCCUUUCUUCGGUAUUUCGGCUGAGGAUAUGAAAAACGAUGUCAGCGGGAAGCAAUAAAGAGACGAGCUUUAGUUUCUGGCAGAAUGUUUAUUUACAGAUUUGUGGUAAUCUUACAGCACGUGGUGAAAGUACAACGAAAAAAAAAAAGAAGAAGAAACGAGCGAAAGCAAACCAAAAUCUGACGGUAUAUAAUCCGAUCCCUGUGCCGUCCAGUCAGUCUAAACAUACCCAACUGUUCAGACUAAUAACGCAAGAUCUUUGAGUUUUGCGUUUUCGUGAUACAACCCCUUAUUCGCCAUGACUUUAAUUUUGUUGAGGAAACGCACGACAUGCUUUACUUACUUGGUUUUGCUUCACGUCUCCGUCGUUUGGGCCGGCAUUGAAACUCAUUCGUCCUCCAGUCUACCCAGCACGAUUUCAGUCGUGACGCAGGAUUCGCACAACGGGACAAAUUCAACAACCAAACUUUCAACAAGUAACGAGGCCCUGUCUGCCAUGUUGGAAGGAGGAAUCUUCGACGAUGCAAAUAACGUGGGGUCACCUCAAUUACCAACGGAAGCAGCUAGAACCAACGUGUCAUCGACUACGACUUCUGCUCCGAUAGAUCUCCCCCUGUUUUAUCCAUCAUCACCUAAUUAUCAACCAGGUAAGCGCUACGGUCCUCUUCGUGAAACUUACCACCCCCUGCCGGCCCGAGUGAACAAAGAUUCGUUUCGCCGCCCAGCUGGAUUAACCCCCGUCAAACCGAGAUUUUUGGGCUUUCCUCCGAUAUCCAACACACGUGAAAAUGUCGGUCUGGAAAUCAACUGGGCGGCGAAAGUCGGUCGAGCUCAUCGUUCGUUUUACGAUUUUUUGUUGGCUUGAUUUUUAUGUCCUCCCAUUUUGUGUCGAAUGUUUGAGCUCUCGUUGCGUAAACUUUGUGGCUAAUGUUUAUAUACCUUAAAAUAGCUUCAAAGCUGAUGCUUUGAAAUAUACAAAUUGUUUUGCAAAUAGAAUUAAAGAAUGGUUUACAUCAACUUGAUGAUAACGCAGACUUUUGUGUUGGUUAGCACGGCUCAAAUGUCUUUUGGGCUGUGCUAGCUAAAUUUAUUUGGCAAAUGAAUAAGUUAAAAAAAAAAGAAAGAGGUAAUACAAUACCGGAGAGACGUAAGA